AUGGCACUCAACAGAACCCUCGCUGCCACGAUGCGAGCAGUGGCCUGGUUUGGACAGCCGUACAACGUCUCCGUCAUCGACAUGCCUGUUCCUAGCAUCGUCAACCAGACAGACGCCAUUGUCCGAAUCACCACCUCAGCCAUCUGCGGCUCUGACCUGCAUUUCUACCAUGGUUUUACAGGAGCUGCCGACGUUCCAUGGGGUCUUGGCCACGAGGCAGUUGGAUAUGUCUCUGAGAUUGGCAGCGCUGUAUCUUCGCUUCAGGUCGGCGACUAUGUCAUCAUCCCUGACAACGCCCACAGUGGCCAUUAUGGACAGCAACACCCACUCUCCUUUGGAUCUGGUACACCUGGCUAUGGUGGUCUUCAGGCGGAAUAUGCCCGUGUUCCCUUCGCAGACGAAAGCCUCAUCCCCAUUCCCUUUAACAACCGGACCGGAAACUCCACCAAAGAACUCGACUACCUGAUGAUCGCGGAUAUCUUCAGCACCGGAUGGCACGCGCUGACCUACACCGGCUUUCAGCCAGGCGACACCGUAGCCGUAUUCGGCGCAGGCCCAGUCGGCCUCAUGGCCGCCUACUCGGCCCUGCUUCGCGGUGCAUCGCGCGUAUACUCCGUUGACCAAGUCCCCGAUCGCCUCGCACUCGCCUCGAGUAUCGGCGCUGUACCCAUCAGCUUCAACGCCUCAGACCCCGUCCAGCAAAUCCUCGCCCGCGAGCCAAACGGCGUGACAAGAGCCGUCGACUGCGUCGGAUUCGAGGCCGUGAAUGCAACCGGGCAGCGCGAGGAUGGCAUCAUCCCGCGCAACCUGCUCGCCGUCACCGCGAACCAAGGCGGCAUCGGCAUUCCCGGCGUGUAUACAGGUGGAGAGAACAGCACUCGUGGCGCCCCGUAUGCCGAUCAGAUCCCCGCAGAGUUCCCGCUUUCUGUUUAUGAGCUCUGGAGCAAGGCUUUGACUGUGGGAAGUGGGAUUAUUCUGCCGCUUGAACAUGCACAGGCUCUUGUUGAUCUGGUUGCUGCUGAUAGAGCUACUCCUAGCUUUGUGGUCAGUUCGGUCAUUGGUAUUGAGCAAGUGCCAGAGUACUACAGGCGGUACAGCGACCAUUUAGAGCACAAGAUUGUCAUCCGCUUUCCUUGA